AUGGCUUUAUUUUCGACAUUGUUCAAUCCUCAGGCCGAAAGAUGGAGAGAUCAACACCGAGCCGACAAAGCAUUAACGGAAAGUGAAGAAAAUUUGCUACCGAAGGAUGAGGGCAACACAGAGAUACCGAGAUCGCCUGAACCUGUAAGCAAUACUACCCGAAUGGUUAUCACUAUUACUGUAUUGCUUCUAUGGAGUGCGGCGGCUUUCGUGGCGGGCAGUAUGACUAGUACAACGCGACGUGAUAGUCCUUUGGGCUCGACCGAAAGUGGAUUUAUUGAAGAGCUCAUCGUCACACCAUCUGAGACAUUCGAGCUCAUACAGACGAGAUUUACUGGCGGGGUGGAUUUCACCCCUGAAGGCAUAGAAGUCCUCGCUCCCUCAAAGUAUGUCGGCGAGCCGAGUCUCGAAGUUGAUGAAGCAUGGAAUGCUAUUAUUGGAGGAGAAUCUCAUUACUUUUCAGUCUCUGAGGAUGAAGCUAGAAGCUUGUGGGGUACAGAGUCUGAUAGGUAUAGAGACAGGAUUAGGGGUGGGUGGACUGGCACGCUCGAUAUGUUUCAUUGUCUACAUUGCCUGAAUCAACUCAGAAAAGCUCUACGGCGCGACAUCUAUCCGGAAGAAGGACAUCGAGGGAUGAUACACCAAUUGCAUUGUAUCGAUCAUUUAAGACAGGUGAUAAUGUGUCAGGGCAGCAGCGUUAUAUCUCCUAGCGAGUGGCAUGAUAAACGUGGCCAGUAUAUUAAUCCUAAGCAAAUCCACACCUGCAGGGCUUUCGAGAAACUUCAUGAGUUCUCCAAAGAGAGAUACAAUGGGAGUAUUGCUGUCCCUCGCGGGCCGAAGUUGCCUCUGCACCCGCAUCCAUCCUUUCCGCGCUUUACAUAG